AUGAUGAAGAUGAAGGUAAUGUUGAUGGUUGUGAUGAUGAUGGUUUUGGUUGGUACCAUCAUAGGUGAGGUCAAGACUGAGGAGUCUCAUGAGGAUUGUUUGAAACGGUGUGUGAAGAUGUGUGCUGAUAAGCCUGAGGAUAAGAAUUGUGUUCGUCAGUGCAUCUUUUUUAAUUGCGGUCCUCCUUCUCUUCCUACCAAUGUUCAUCAUUCUAACAGGAUGAAGGCUCCAGAGAAUCAUGGAAACUAAGGAUAUGUUUUAUUUUUGGUUUUUAGACCAGAAACAUAGAUAUUAAAGAUUAAAAUCUAGCUUUAUCGUUUGGGUU